AGAGUGGCUACACACCCACACGCACAGAAUCUCUCUCUCUCUCUCUCACUCGGAGGAGGAGGAGGAGGGACUAGGGGGAGUUUCAGCAGCUGAAACAUGGUUACCGCAACCAUAUCUCUGUCUUCCUCAUCACUAACCUGCCAUGUGAAGUCGAAACCUUGCCAUUCAUUCAAGACUUGUGAUUCUUCUCCCAAGCUCGCCUCGUCUCUAUACUUCUUACCUCCCGUACUCCUAUCGAAAAGAUCCAUUUUUUAUCAACACCAAACCCUUCAAUUUCCACCAAAUAACACCUCUCGGGUUCGACGAAUUUCUGCAUCACCGGGAGAUGUUUUGCCUUCAGACACCCCAAUUGAGAAUACCCAACAGAUAAUUUCCACUGAAGACAGCGGUAAUUCAACCGUAAUAUCUGUUCUUCUGUUCAUCGCCUUUGUUGGCCUUUCUAUUCUUACAAUAGGGGUUAUCUACAUAGCUGUGACGGAUUUCCUGCAGAAAAGAGAGAGGGACAAGUUUGAUAAAGAAGAGGCCGCAAAAAAGAAGAAGAAGGGUGGGAAGAGGGGGAAGGUCAAGGCUAGGGCUGGAGCUGGACCCAGAGGAUUUGGCCAAAAGAUUGAUGAAGAUUAUGACGAUGACGUUUAGGUUCGAUUUCUUACACGUUUAAGCAAACCCUGUUUCUUUUUCCUGGAACAAGAUCAUUUGAAUUUCAAAAGCCUACUAAAGCUCCAGCCCUAGCCAUUGCCUUUUCUGUUUUCUCGUUCUGUUUACUGGCAAGUUGGAUGAUUCUUGUUCACCAAAAAAAAAGAGAAAAGGGUGGAUAAUUCUUUCUAA